AGGAGUGUGCGUGGGUACUUCUUUGUGUGUGCAGGGGAGUCUGCAUGUGUGUACUUCUACGGGUUGGGUGCCUAUACCUGCUUGUGUGUCUCUGAAUGUGCCAGCGUGUUUUAGUGCCUGUCCUGAUGCGCGAAGGAAUGAGGGUGUACCUCUGGACAGCCGUGUGUGUGCGUGUAGAGAGCUGCAGCCCUACGUAGGUGUGAGCAUCUAAGGACGUCGAGGCGGCGAUGAGGCUCCCGCUGGCUUUCGCCGUGCUCCUCCUGGCCUCGGCGCAGGCGCUGGCCGAGGAGAUGGGAGCCAGCGACGACCUCAGCUACUGGUCCGACUGGUCCGACAGUGACCAGGCGAAGGAGGAGCUGCCGCUGCCCCUGGAGCACUUCCUGCAGAGGAUGGCCCGGAGACCCCGGCCCCAGCAGUUCUUCGGCCUCAUGGGCAAGCGGGAUGCCGGAUAUGGCCAGAUCUCUCACAAAAGGCAUAAAACAGACUCCUUUGUUGGACUUAUGGGCAAAAGAUCUUUAAAUUCUGGGUCCUCUGAAGGGAGCAUAGCACAGAAUUAUGAACGGAGGCGUAAAUGAGACAUUCCCGUGCAUUAUUUAUUAAACUUCAUUUGUUCUGAUGGCCAAUGCAGUGUAAUAUAAACUAAUCACUGUAUGGAAUAAUUAUUUAUUUAACAACUGAUGGGGUUUGGGGUUUUUUGAGUUGUACGUUCAAUAAAAUUAUUAUUUUUCAUAUUGUGGCAGUGAUACAUGUUGUGUAGGGGUGUUGUGGUUCUGAAAGGACCAGCAACCCUGGUGGUGUCUCACAACAAAGCACAUCAUUUGAUAUGACCCAUAAAGUUAUGUUUACUAAACCAAGCAAAUAUUCUUUUGUUCAUUGAAAGCGAGUCUAUCAGCUUCACAGCCAGUGCAGAACAGAGCUCAUGUUCAGUCUAGUGCCUCAAUUUGUUUUCAUGGUUUAUAAUGUACUGUAAUUUCUGUAUCAAAAAAUAUAUUUGUAUCAUUACAGCAUGUUUUAUGUUCUGUGACUACGUAUCUAUAUAUUUUAAAAAGGGGGGUGGGUAAUGUUUGAAUGGGAAUACAAGGUCUUCAUUUCAUAGUCUGGAAUUUUAUGACAGCAACAUUUUAAAUAAAAACUAUUCUGGGGCUUUUGCAACAUAA